CAAUCUAAUGUUGACGCUUGAUUCCGAUCAUGCGUUUCGGGAGCAGCAGGUCGAUUAGCGCGAGAACGGGACAGAUGGGACCCACGAGCAUAACGGUAAAACUGUCGCCGUCUCCAGACGAGAAAAGUAGCGAGAAGACCGAGACUCGUGCUCUCGACAGAACAGAAGAGACGAAGGAGGGAUCCUCUUCAGUGCUGUCUUUUGGGUCCGUCGAAGUCUGUAGAGAUAGAUCUCGAUAUACAGAAUCGUGGAACUCUUCUGGUGCGAUCGAUGAUUUUACGAGCUAUUUAAAUUCAACUGACAAUGAGAACAUGCUCCUCCACCUCUGUAAGUCCACGUGAGAGUUAUUGCGCUAGAAACAGGAUUAAUUGCAGUAAAUAUGUCAAAAUGAUCGAUGUUUUAUCAUUUCGCAAAUAUUUCAAUUACAUUAAAAUAAUUAUAAAUUUUUAUUAAAAUUGUCGAUAUAUAACAAAAUACGUAUCUAAAAUUAAAUAUUCGAGAAAGAAAAAAAAUCCGCACGCGAGGUACUAGAUUUAUCUCUCUCUCUCUGGAUGUUGGGAACCUAACUAAGUCCGUUCCUGAACGGAUUGUGCGAGAGUGCGAGUGCGAGAGGCGACGAGGAGGCGACACGCGACACACGCUCACACGCAUCAGCGAGCGAUGGGGUUCGACGUGAAUCGCUUCCAGGGCGACGUAGACGAAGAGCUCGUGUGCCCAAUAUGUUCCGGCGUGCUGGAGGACCCCGUCCAGGUAGGACAACGCACAUGCUCGAGUCGGGAGAAUCUCGUCGUGGUCCGUCUCAUCUUCCGUCUAACCUAACCUAACGAUUCCGCAUCCUGCGCGUGUAAUGCGAGACGAAUUUUAAGAGUUCGACAGGGAAAAAGAAAACGAAUUACACGGAAAAUAUUUUUUUUUUUCUCGAAAAAGGAUAAAAUUGAGAAGGGAAGAAAGGAAGAAUAUUUUUAUCGGGUCUGAUUGAUAAUAUUGACGGAUCUAUGGCGAGAUUUUACGGUUUUUCGCAGCGUGCGAUUUGUCAAGUGCAUAUCUCACGCGAGAUAUACUUCGCUGCAUACUUUUUGACGUUUCUCGUUAUUGUCUUUGUCGUCGCUGCACUUCGCUUGCUUCGAAAUAAAGGUGAGCAAUAUGUUGCAGGCACCAGUGUGCGAGCACGCCUUUUGUCGCUCUUGCAUCAACGAGUGGAUAAACCGUCAGCCCACUUGCCCUCUAGAUCGCACACCCAUCACGUCCGCUCAGCUCAGAGCGGUUCCUAGAAUCUUGAGAAACCUGCUGGCCCGCUUGUGCAUUAAUUGCGAUAACAUUGUGUACGGUUGCAACGUCAUAGUUAAAUUAGACAGUCUGGCAUCGCAUCUUGAACAGUGCGAGUAUAAUCCGAAGAGACCAAUGCUGUGCGAGCAGGGCUGCAGCCUUAUCAUCCCCAAGAACGAGCUCAAGGAUCAUAAUUGCGUGCGAGAGCUGCGUAACCUGAUACAGUCGCAGCAACAGAAGCUGGCCGACAUGAAACGCGAACUCGGCGAACAGCAGCUGCAGAUCAACGAGCACAAACGCGAGAUUCAUUUGCUCAAGGACUUUAUGCGCGCCCUCAGGGUGUCGAACCCGGCGAUGCGCGCGAUCGCUGAUCAGAUGGAGCGAGACGAGGUCGUCAGAUGGUCCGCGACCCUUCCGCGUGCCAGGGUUACUAGAUGGGGCGGCAUGAUCUCCACGCCCGACGAGUUGCUGCAGACGAUGAUAAAGAGAACUCUGUCGGAGUACAAUUGUCCGCCUCACGUAAUUGACGAGCUAAUGGAGAACUGCCACGAGCGGAAAUGGCCGCCCGGUCUGAAUUCCCUCGAGACCAGACAAAACUCUCGACGACAAUAUGAUAAUUAUGUAUGCAAGAGAGUGCCUGGCAAGCAAGCGGUGCUGGUCCUCCAUUGUGAUAAUACGCACAUGCCAGAGGAUAUGAUGGUCGAGCCAGGACUAGUGAUGAUCUUUGCGCAUGGCAUCGAAUAGGAUCAUUGGAUAUCGUAGAUGAAUACGACUAUUGAUUCAACAUCAUAUUCAAAGCCAAAAUUAUCGAUGUUAUCUCGUAAAUGUGGAAGGAUAGCAAUCGGAAUUUGCCCUUUCAUCAUUUGCGAAUCGACACGGAUUAUUCUGGAGAAUUGAUUCGAGAAACAUCUGAUCGUCAUCAAGUUUAUUCGAACAAUUUUUUUAACGGAAUACUUGCGAGGUUGAAAACGUAAGAUUACAUGAUUAUUCUUGCGAAUUCAUUCCGAAUCGAAGUCGCGUCGAGCAUACACGAACGAUGAUGCGCACACUGUCGUCCCAUGUGAUACGCAACUCUAGAAGCGCGAUUGCCACAUACAUUGAGUAGUAAUCGAGGCUGUAAUCGAUGCGGUAAACCUAGUAACACACGCAACACACUCCAUUCGGCUUGCUGUUAUCGAUUACCUCGAUCGCACUCUCAUAUAGAAAAACUCAAUCGAGUGUCUGGAUCGUUGCACUGUGAUAUACCACUUCGGUGAAAAACCUCUUAAAAUUGCGUGAUAAAUGACCGACUACUCUCUCUUCUUUUGGCCGGUCAAUCGAUCGAAUUGUAUAUUUUUUUCGUCGACGGUUUGUUUAUCGUUCAUUUCACGAUCGUUUACAGAUAUAUAGAAGUGACUGUUUUGCUAAUAAUACUUUAGAAAGAGCGAUGAUUGGAGAGAGAAUUCCCACUACUGAUUUAAUAACUUAAGCAUGAGAUCUCGAAAUAGAUUUGCUACGAUAUGAUUCAUUUUUAAAUACUUGACGUAUGUUAAAAGCCGCGAUCUCUUUCUUAUUCUUACUUUCCAGAGCUUUUUUGCUCGAAAAUUUCAAACUAUAUGUUAUAGACAAGCCAAUCACUAUCAUUCUUUUUUCGCAUAUCGCAUGAAUGCAACCAUUUUCUAAAAAUUUUUCUUAAUACUUUGUUGAAGUACAUGAAACAUGUGGCUUGAUUACUCCGAAUCGAUGGCACAUUGUACUUGUCAUAUCACCGUACUAGAAUACCGUUUGAUAAAGUAUAAAUCAAGUUUAAAACUCAAAUAAUGUAUCAUUAAAUUAUCAUUCGAUAUAGCGGUGAGACACCUUGCAUAAAUUAAUCAUCAUAUAGAGUUAAUUAUAUAGAGUUAAUUAGCUUUUUAUAUUUUAUAGCACCCUGAUUUAUAGUUUGCGAGUCACGUAACGUCAAAUGCUUCCUCGUUUUUUUUUUAUCUUACCGUAAUUGUGCUAGUACAUACAACAGGAUGGGUUAACAGAUCGUUUAUUUCCUUUUCUGAUGAGAGAUAAUUUUUUAAUUUAUUUUCACAACACAUAAAUAAAAAAGAUAGGAUUGACAUAUUUAAAUAAGUUGGAGGGAAAAACUUUUAAUCAUGUCAAUAAAUCUUAUUAAUUACUUCCAAUAAUAAUCUUCAAACAAGAUCAAGAUGUCGAGAACGAAUAUAUCAAAUAUUAUUAAAAAGCGAGAGAGAGAGAGAGAGAGAGAGA